CGUCUGUCCGCAGUGUGGGUUUUUGAAUCCCGAUGGAACACAACAUGGGAGUUAACACCUUCUGCGUGCCACACUGGUCUGGCCCCGCGUGGAAGCCGUCAGACACCCCUUCUGCCGGCGUUGACAAAAGAACCAGUUCACUACGCGUACGUUACCUCAGUUUAAAACAUUAAACAGACCCGAUAAGUUAGUUUGUCCAAUGGUCACACACGCCGUGUUCUAUAACUCUGUUUCACACAUCAGCAACGGGUUACGCCCCCUGUUUUUAUUUCUAAUCGGUAAAAUCACAGACGGAUUUCUUUGCUGCCAACAUUCUGUGAGUUGCAAAUAUUUCACUCAAUAAUUUGGAAGUAUUGCAUGAACGCGGAUUUAACCCCCCAAAAAAUGUAAAGAAAUUAUAGAUCUCUGGACGUGAAGAACAUGGGAAACUAACGGACUCACCGGACUGUAAGUAGUUCGUUGUUCUUUUGUUGUUCUUUUGUAUUUUGAUUAAUUAUAUUUAAGGAGAAAAAUUCAAGGAUAAUAUCAGGGCUCGCAUGCUGCGGGAACGGACGGGAACUUCGUUCCUGUCCUUAAAAAUUAAAACAAAAAAUAAUUCAUGAGUGUUUGGGAAUCUUGGGGUGUGUUCCCCCCACCCCCCCCCCCCCAACCAGGAUCUGCGUCCCUUUGUUCUAACUCCAAUGUUGAUAACCUGGAACUUCGUUCCUGUCCUUAAAAAUUAAAACAAAAAAUAAUUCAUGAGGGUUUGGGAAUCUUGGGGGGUGUUCCCCCCCCCCCCCCCCCCCCACCAGGAUCUGCGUCCCUUUGUUCUAACUCCAAUGUUGAUAACCGAGAGGAGAAUGGCGUAACUACACUAGGCGUACCAAAACCCGACACGUGCAAUGGGCACCUUUGAAGAGGAGCGCAAAAUCGGCAAUCCGAACUAAUAACUUGAUACUUUAAAAAAAAAGUUUUUGCUUAUAAGUGAGUUUACCUGCAUGCUAAAGCGUAACACACUAUUCUGCGCACUCUGCCGUCAUUGUACACUAUACGGUAACGGUAAGGCUACAUUAUAUCAUAAUAGGUUUCUCAAAUAGGGCUGCAAUUUCAGUUCUUUCCAUUAUUUGAAGGUACGCCAUUGGUAACAAUAAGUGUCAAAAUGUCCCACGCCUUUGGUAACGAUUAGUGUCAAAAUAUCUCAUUCUUUUGGUAACAAUUAGUGUCAAAAUGUCCGAUGUCUCUGGUAACAAUUAGUGCCAAAAUGUCCGAUGUCUCUGGUAACUAUUAGUGCCAAAAUGUCCGAUGUCUCUGGUAACAAUUAGUGCCAAAAUGUCCGAUGUCUCUGGUAACAAUUAGUGCCAAAAUGUCCGAUGUCUCUGGUAACUAUUAGUGCCAAAAUGUCCGAUGUCUCUGGUAACUAUUAGUGCCAAAAUGCCGGUUUGGCCUGUAAUUUAAAAGUUUAUGAUAAACUCUGCCAAAUGUCAAGUGUCCAACUCCAAAUGUACCAUUUCAUUAUGGUUGAUGGCAGCACUCUCUGGGUGUCCAAUCUACGAGGAGUGUAGGCGACCAACAACACCGACCAUGACCUUGUCUUCAAAAUAUAUAUAUAUUUUAAAACACCCUCAUAUUUAACUUGACUUCAGUGGUGACUAUUUGUUUGAUUGUCGCGGCUGUUCGUCUUUGAACCCUUAAUGUGUCUCGGAUGUUCCGAACAUCCUUAGCUCUAAAAUUGUUUUUUUUUUAAGAUGAGUAUGGUAGUGCGUUGUGACGUAAUACGAUUUGACUACAUGCUAUUGUUUCUUUCUUUAAAUUUCGUGAUUAUUUAAAUUGUAAAUAAAAAAAUAAUAAUUUAUAAUAAAAAAAACAACAACACAACUCAUAGAAAAAUGCGUGCAAAAGACCGGCAUCAGAACAAACGAAGAGGUUAUGAAUUCUACCAGAGUAUAGAGUUUAAAUGCAAACUUGAAGAAAACGUAUGUCUACCGAGGAAAACAUGCCGUAUUUUUGCAAAUAAUAGUAUGUAGCAUCCAGUAACCUCACAGAAACCAUAUAUAACCUUAUUAUAACCAGGUAGUCAAACCAUGGCAAUCACUUUAAUAUAACCAGGUUGUCAAACUAUAGGAAUCACUUCGAAGAUUUUAAAUUAAUAAACUUUCAAAUUUCAGAAUGUCAAGAAAUAAUUUAAAAUACAAUGAACUGUGUUCGUCAUAAAACCUGGCCAAGUCAAUGCCUAAUUGCCAAGUAUGAAGUCUAAAACUCGAAGUAUAAAAAUCUAAUAGUUAAACAGGCUUAAUAGUACGAACUUCAUUAAUCCAAGUAUAAAAUAAAAAAAAUAAAAAUAUUAAUGUCUAAAUUCCUAGUUAGCAGUGGCGUAGCUAGGGGGUGCGGACUGGGUGACACCAUCAGUGGGGGUGACAAAUUGAAAAAUUGGAUAGUUACAGUGCACACACUGUUCGGUCUAACCAAAUUUCAUAAAAGAAUAACCGAUCACUCGCAAAUUUUUAACACAUGUAACCAAUCCAAAUGCGUGCUUUAUUAAUUAAAAGUUCAAUGUUGAUGCGUCAGAAAUUAGGUGAACUUAUAAUUAAGGAAGAAAAAUUCUGAAAAAUACAGUGGAACCUCUCAUAAAGAGUUGAAUUCGUUCCAGAUUCUUACUCGUUAAGCGAAACACUCGUUAAACGAAACAAUUUUCCCCAUACAAAUCAAUGUAAAAUACGAUAAUGCGUUCCAUGCUGAAAAAAUAAUAAUUUUUCAAAAAAUUUUAUGAACAUUUAUUCAAAUAAAAUUACUUAUGAAUUGUAAAGGAAUGUAACAACUUGGAUACACUUUAGAUAUGAAACAAAAAAAGUAAAUAAAAAUAUGAAUUUAUAACAAAUAAUUAAUCCUUUUUAACUAGAAAACUGUCUAAAGACAUUUGCUUUUGCCGACGCUUCAAAAUUUGACGAAAAUGUGUCACAGCAUUAGCAUUGAAUACAUUUGUAGCACGAAUAGCCACGCCCACACCUUGUUCUCGCUUUUCAAGGAUUUUACGUUUCAUUUCAACAGUUAUUUUUUCUCUUUUAUGAUUUUCUUCUUGUGUUUUUUUUUUUCGAAGACAUUUUAGCAUAGGCUAUUACACUUUGCACAUUACAAAAAUUUCGAAUACCGUCUGAAUACAAAAUUUGUAAAAACUGGUGAUCACACACGAAAACAAUACGCUAACAGACCAAAUGCUAAGCACAGAAAAAUGCAAUGGUUCUCAACCUUCCUAGUGCCGUGACCCUUUAAUACAGUUUCUCGUGUCUUGGCGACCCCCCCCCCCCACCAACCUAAUUAUAUUCUUUGCUACAUCAUAGCUGUAAGAAUAUGUGUUUUCAGAUAGUCUAAGGCGACCCCUGGGAAAGGGCCGCGCUACCCCCAAAGGGGUCACGACCCACAGAUUGAGAUCCGCUGGACUAAUGCAUCGGCGCGGAAAUCCCGGCUCACAAAUGAAUGUCAGGAAAAAGGGACUUCCCCUUUCUGCGUAACUCGUCAUGCGAAAUAUCGCUCGUUAAGGGAGCAACUUCUUCAAAUUUUAUUUUGCUCGUUAUGAGAGGUGCUCGUUAUGAGAGGUUCCACUGUAAAGCUUUCCAUUGAUAACGAAUACAAUGUGGUCGGGCGAUUCUAAGUACCAAAAUCUAAUCAUAAAAAAUAAAACAUAAAAAACAUAAAAAAUGACUUUUUGCUCAUUUAUAGGGUUAACAAAAUAAUACUUUACAACAUUUUCAAAUAUCUUUUAAUAAUUCAUUUAACUGUUAAAAAAAAAAAAGUAAAUUUUAUGUAAAAAUAACUAUAACCUACAAUUCUUCCAUACCUCCUGAAGUUCAAUUAAUUUGCUUUUCUUCUUGUCAUUGUUAUACUGUGGACUUAUAUGAACAGGAAGAAAUCAAUCGUGGAAGUCGGGAGUGGGGCAGGCAGUGUUUCUUUCAGAAAUUUUCCCGGGGGGGGGGGGGCCUUUAAAUUUUGUGGGGGGGGGGGGCGCUGCAAAUUUUUCGGGGGGGGGGGGUGGGCUGUGCCAGCAGUUCCAGUUGAUUUAUUGUUGGACACAUUUUUGCCCCGGAGAUAUAGCUGAAAGAAACCCUGGGUGGUGGGUGGUGGUGACGCCAUGAGUGUACUGCACCGGGUGACACCAACCCUAGCUACGCCCCUGCUAGUCAGUACUAAUAUCUAAAUGCCAGUCAUUAUUAUUCAAGUCUUAAUUUCAAGGCAGGCCAAAGCCCUACAUAUGCUGCGGAGCCACAGUGGCACUGGUAUUAUCUAUUUCAAGUAGUAAAGUUUAAACCCUAAGCAGCCAAGUCAACAUUUCAAGUACUAAGGUCUAAAUUUUAAAUAAAAAACAUAUACAGUUCAGGCGCUCGUGUCUGAGCCUAAUACGUCUUAAAUGUGUAACGUAAGCACUGGUGGAUUACCCAAGAGACAGAGACACGAAAACAGGCACUUGAGACACAGGUAAUAAAAAAAAAAGUUCAACCCACUCGCAGUGGCUAGGAUUGUCUUACCCCUUGAAACAUACCUGGCACAGCUUGACUUAUUACCUGGUACAGCUUGACUUAUCUGGUUAUCUGUGGACCUACAGCACUGCACGUACCUGGUACAGCUGGACUUAUCGGUGGACCUACAGCACUGCACAUACCUGGUACAGUUUGACUUAUCGGUGGACCUACAGCACUGCACAUACCUGGUACAGCUGGACUUAUCGGUGGACCUACAACAAGACUCACGUAUGGAACAUCUUGAUUUAUCUGUGUACCGUAACUAAGUCAACAUGACACAGACCUGGUACAUCUUGACUUAUAUGUGUCCUUACAACAUUAUUAUCAUCACUAUUAUUAUUAUUAUUGGGGUCUUAUAUAGCGUGGUACCCCAGCCUAGGGCUGUACAUAAAAAUAUUAGCCAACAUGACCAUGGCAUUAAAAAAUAACAUACAUUUAUGUAAUGAUAAAAAUGGAUCUAUAACAAUACCAACGAAACAAAAACAAAUGGAUUUUGAACCCACCCACCCCAGAACUUUGACAUGUCAAGCCAUGGGCGGCACCCAGCAGCAGCGUUUAUCGGCCAUUGAGGGGAUUCAGUAGAGACAGUGGAGUUUACAGACAAGACAAACACGGUACAGCUUGACUUAUCUGCGUACCUACAACAUGACAAACCUGUCACAGCUUGACUUAUCUGCGUACUUACAACAUGACAAACCUGGCACAGCUUGACUUAUCUGCGUACCUACAACAUGACAAACCCGGCACAGCUUGACUUAUCUGCGUACCUACAACAUGACAAACCUGGCACAGCUUGACUUAAAUGUGUACCGUACCUGCAACAUGACAACCCUGACACAGCUUGACUUGUGUGUGUACCGUACCCACAACAUGACAGCCCUGGCACAGAUUGACUUGUGUGUGUACCGUACCCACAACAUGACAACCCUGGCACAGCUUGACUUAUGUGUGUACCGUACCCACAUCAUGACAAUCCUGGCACAGCUUGACAUGUGUGUGUACCGGACCCACAACAUGACACCCUGGUACAGCUUGACUUAUGUGUGUACCGUAUCCACAACAUGACAACCCUGGUACAGCUUGACAUGUGUGUGUACCGUACCCACAACAUGACAACCCUGGUACAGCUUGACAUGUGUGUGUACCGUACCCACAACAUGACAACCCUGGUACAGCUUGACCUGUGUGUGUACCGUACCGACAACAUGACAUAAACUAUCCAAGAAAUGUGGCGAAAAGUGUCAUAUUAUGCCCUGACCAAGAGUUUAAAGACCAUUGCUGUUGCCGUAGUGACCGUCGCUGUUGUCGUAGCUAGGUGCGGAGGUGCGGGGGUUGAUGCCUCGCUCAAGAUUUCCCCCCUUUUUAAACACUUCAAACUUGAGAUUUUGCUAGACAUUAGAUUUGUGGAGUGCUACCGUUGACGUGAAGGGACCCAAUGGGUUGGCGUGGUGAAGUCGCGGGUAUGGUGAAGGUGAAGUCGUUGGCGCGGUAUAAUCAUUAGAAAUGUCUGUUCUUUAUAAAGCAAAAUUCUAGAAAUUAUUGCUAUGGGAAACAACUCUGUCGUGGGUGAGGGACAAUGUUCCCUUUAAGCUGUUUUGAGUACCGCGCAGCAGUUUUGAGCACCGCGUAGCAGUUUUGAGCACCGCGCAGCAGUUUUAAGUACCGCGCAGCAGUUUUGAGUACCGCGCAGCAGUUUUGAGUACCGCGCAGCUAAUUUCCACUUAAGUGUGUGUUUGUGACUUAAGGCUGUAAAAUUUGCGCGGAAAAAAAAAUUGAUGCUGUAAAAAUUUGCACACAAAUUUAUGAUUUUGCACACGAACCAACAACCUUAGAGGGAACAUUGGUGAGGGUCGGGGUAUUUGGUCCGCAUAACCCCACAUUCAAGGUCUAACUUAGCAUUUAGAAAUGGGUCGUUAAAGUUAAAACAUUAUAACAGUAAAAUAAUAAUAAUAAUAACACCAGUCUUAACCAGCUGAUUUAUAUUUAUAUAGCAUUUUAACGACGAUAAACACUUUUGUAAAGAUCUGUAAAUAUGCAAUGUUUAAAAAAAAAAUCUACAGGGGUCCUUAAAACAUGAAUGGCCUUGACCCCUGGAAUGCCUUUCUUGGAACUUUCUUACUUAAGUUUCGGCUAAAUCCCGUAUUAAAUGAAACAUGAAUUAAAAUAUAGACGUUCAUUUAAUUAUACCGGUACAUUCUUUAUUGCACACCAAAAUGUCUCUGCAGUUUGAGAAACAGACAAACUGUACGUCGAUCAAGGUAGAAUAGCAGGGGCGUCAUUUCAGGUUUUUUCAGAUGGGGGGGGGGGACGACAAAACCAAAACUUGGUCGCCUUGUUAAGUUGUUUUAUGACUGGGGGCGCCACAUUACAUAGUAAUUUAAAUAAAACCUGCAAAUUGAAAAAAGGGGGGGGGGUUAUGCCCUACCCAAAAGAUGUCCCUGUAGAGUAGGGAUCUGCGAAGUAGGAACCUCUGUGUCUUAGACAGCCUCAAGCAGUCGAAGUAGUCGAUAAACUGAAGUGGCGUACGGUGCCGUUGCACCUCAAGCCCCAGUCGGUAAAGGUGCAUGCGCACUGACUGAUUGGACCAACAGGAGCCAGUGAUAUGUGAUAGCAGUCUGGAAUUUACUCUGACUUCGACACAAUUCAUCUGAAUCAGAGAAAACCUCUCUGUCUCUGAGACAAUCUCUCUCAUUCUUAGACAUUUUAUUUUUGUAAUUUUUACAUUAAUUUUAAAAAAAAUAUAUCAUUUAUUCAUUUUUUAAAUGUGGGGUAGGGGGAAUUAUAUCUCAGAUCUGACUCCGUGAAAACACCUCUGUCUCUGAUACAAUCUCUCUGACUCCGUGAAAACAUCUCUGUCUCUGAGACAAUCUCUCUGACUCCUUGAAAACAUCUCUGUCUCUGAGACAAUCUCUCUGUAUUUUUUUUUUAAAUUCCGAGACACUAUCUCCUACUCUGUUGACAUUUCUCUCUUACUCUGUUGAUAACUCCCUCUCCUACUCUGUUGAUAUUACUCUCCUACUCUGUUGAUAUUUCUCGAAAUUUCAUGGCGACGAGAAUAUUGUGUCAGGAAACACAUUGCUCGUGAUGUCAUGACGACACUUGUUUUCACUUGUCCUCUUGGAAGGCUCUUAGCCGAAACUUUCUUCUAUUAUUGUCCUCACUUUAUAUUUCAAGCUUCCACACAGCUCACACAGCUUGAAGGCAGUCCUUCAUUUAGUGCCAGGAGAAAUACCGCGUGCUCCCCGUCGUCCUGAGCAAAGGACGGAGGCGUGCCCUGAUCGGGUGCUUUACACACCAGAACACAUAUUCUAUUUUAAACGUUUGGGAAUAGUUUUUGUUGAUUGUCGUGUAUACUGCUCAAACAAAUCUACUCCUGUGUGAUUGCUGCUCUUAGUAAUUUUUUUUUUUUUUAAUUCAGAUUUUAGAAUAAAGAAAAUUCUUACUUUCAAGUACUUUCUUAUAAGCUUUAUAUUAGUCCACUGGUCAUGGGCGCCCGCAAAAAAUGGGGGGGCAAAAAAAUCGAUUAACUUUCGGGGGGGGGGGGGAAUUUUUUAGUAAUUUUUUAAAAAUCAAAAUUAAAUGACAUCGCAUAAACAUACCACUUGCUUGCGACAGGACAUCAGCUUAGUUACUUUCUCUUUAUUUUCUCUUUACUUUAAUAAUUUUUUUGUCUAUUUUUGUCUAAAAUUUUUUUAUCCAAUCAAUCCAGGGGGGGGGGCAAGUGCCCCCCUUGCCCCUACCUGAGGGCGCCCAUACCACUGGUCCCUUUUUCAUAUCAGACUUUUAUAUAUAUAUACAUAAUACAGAUUAAAAAGUAAAUGCAGCUCAUGGACUCCUGACAUAUUUUCAGGGACUUCUAAGGUGUCCGUGGACAACAGGUUAAGAAUCCUUGAUUUACUUACAUAGAUAAGUCAUUGCCAUUUCAUUUGAGAAUCACUGCCCUACUCAAUGGAAUCUGUGGUGCUGCCAAAAAUUAACUCCAGGCUCCACAUUGUACGACUAUGUUUAACCCAGAGUGACAGAUGGCCAGGACACAACAUGACGACCCACUCAAAACAAGAAAUACUGGUGUAGCAAUGAGCGCAGGCCAAGAGAUGAUAACACAAGGCCGAUAACCCUUGUUGUGGACCACUGUUGGUGAGUUUAUGAUAUCGGUGAGCACAAGCUGACCCAUUAACUCCAGGGAGAUAUGGUGGGUCUAAUGCAUGCUCAUUAACCCCAGGGAGAUAUGGUGGGUCUGAUGCAUGCUCAUUAACUCCAGGGAGAUAUGGUGGGUCUAAUACAUGCUCAUUAACUCUAGGGAGAUAUGGUGGGUCUAAUGCAUGCUCAUUAACCCCAGGGAGAUAUGGUGGGUCUAAUGCAUGCCCAUUAACUCCAGGGAGAUAUAAUAGGAAUAUUACAGACUCAAUAAUUUCAGUGCACUGUCCUACUUGGCACUGUCCUACUUGGCACUGUCAUACUUGGCACUGUCAUACUUGGCACUGUCCUACUAAGCACUGUCCUACUUGGCACUGUCCUACUUGGCACUUCCCUUCUUGGCACUGUCCUACUUGGCACUGUUCUUCUUGGCACUUUCCUACUUGGUACUGUCCUACUUGGCACUGUCCUACUUGGCACUGUCCUACUUGGCAAAUCUCCGCUAAAAAAAUAUUCUCCCUUAGUCAACGAUCUUCAAAAUACAAUUUUUUAUGUGAACAUAUUCUUUGAUCUUUUGAUCUACCAUUACAUCUACUGGUCCAUAGAAGCCCUUUCUUAUAUAUAUCCAUAUAAUGUGCCUUCCACUCACAUAAAUCUUUUGUAUACACCUCAAUUGUUCCUCCUAAUCCCGUAUUGAAUCCGCCUCCUUGAGUUACCACCAGUUCACAGACGGAAUAGUUGGUGGUUUGUUUUUUAAAUGAUAAAAUCAAUAAAAGGAAAUACAACGUUAAGUUCAAAUCAAAUAUCCGUUUUCUGGGUGUCAGACCUACUUGACUUUGUCACGACGACAGAUUUACUGGACUUUGUCACGACGACAGAUAUACUUGACUUUGUCACGACGACAGAUUUACUGGACUCUUUCACAACGACAGAUUUACUUGACUUUGUCACGACGACAGAUUUACUUGACUUUGUCACGACGACAGAUUUACUUGACUUUGUCACGAAGACAGAUUUACUUGACUUUGUCACGACGACAGAUUUACUUGACUUUUUCACGACGACAGAUUUACUUGACUUUGUCACGACGACAGAUAUACUUGACUUUGUCACGACGACAGAUUUACUUGACUUUGUCACGACGACAGAUUUACUUGACUUUGUCACGACGACAGAUUUACUUGACUUUGUCACGACGACAGAUAUACUUGACAUUGUCACGACGACAGAUUUACUUGACUUUUUCACGACGACAGAUUUACUUGACUUUGUCACGACGACAGAUUUACUUGACUUUGUCACGACGACAGAUUUACUGGACUUUUUCACGACGACAGAUUUACUUGACUUUGUCACGACGACAGAUUUACUUGACUUUGUCACGACGACAGAUUUACUUGACUUUGUCACGACGACAGAUUUACUUGACUUUGUCACGACGACAGAUUUACUUGACUUUGUCACGACGACAGAUUUACUUGACUUUGUCACGACGACAGAUUUACUUGACUUUGUCACGACGACAGAUUUACUUGACUUUGUCACGACGACAGAUUUACUUGACUUUGUCACGACGACAGAUUUACUUGACUUUGUCACGACGACAGAUAUACUUGACUUUGUCACGACGACAGAUUUACUUGACUUUGUCACGACGACAGAUAUACUUGACUUUGUCACGACGACAGAUAUACGUGACUUUGUCACGACAGACUUACUAAGACUUACUUGAAUUUGUCACGACAUACUAACUUGACUUUGUCACGACAUACUUACUUGAAUUUGUCAGGUCAAACUUACUUGACUUUUUCAUGAUAGACUUUACUUGACUUUGUCAGGACAGACUUAUUUGACUUUAUCAUGACAUACUUACUUGACUUUGUCACGACCACAAACUUACUCGACUUUGUCAAGACGGACUUAUUUGGCUCUGUCACGAUACUUACUUGACUCUGUCACAACAGACUUACUUGACGUUGUCACGAUGUUAUCUGCUAGCCGGGAUUGAGAAUCGGUUAUAACUGAUAUAACCCUCCCCCCCCCCCCGAUACCACUUAUUUCCAAACGUUCUUAAAGGGCUAUACGUGCGCUCCAUGUAUGAGAACCCUUGAACACACGUUUAAUGCUACGCGCACAGAGUAAGUGGGUGGGGAAUAAAAACCCUUCUAGAACAGUCUGUUGUCACGAGAAAAGUUGCACUUGACAAAGCCAUUUGCUGGGCCCCACGUCGAGUGGUGGGGCGAGGCUGAGGACAGGUCACGGGAUAUAAAAAAAAAAAUAAAUAAAAAAAUCUUUAGUAAAAAUUUGGACUAGAAGGAAAAAAAUCAAACACACAAGGUGGACCUACUUUACACUGACCACAGAGGCUGUCUUCGCCAAGAGAGGUAGUAUUGACCAGCAGAUAGUGCAAUGGCCAACAGAAAUUUGUGCUACUAGCUUCUGGGCUCAUCUACCUGUAAGCCUUUAUUAUUGUGGACAAAACUCGAUGCGUACCAAGUACCAUGUUUGAUGCGUACCAUGUUUGAUACAAACUCGGGUAUGUGUGUAUGUGUGCAGAUAUAUUGGAAUGAUGAAAAUUAUAUGUGGUGUAUAUAUGCAGUGGACAUUAUAUAUCGUGCACAUAUAUAUUGUUGACAUUAUAUGGUGUUUAUAUAUAUAUAUAUAUAUAUAUAUAUAUAUUAUAUAUAUAUGUAUUGUGGACAUUAUAUGUUGUUUAUAUAUAUUGUAGACAUUUUAUGGUGUUUAUAUAUAUGCUUAUAUUGUGGACAUUAUAUUGCGUAAGUGGGUAUAUAUAUUGUGGAAAUUAUAUUCUGUGUAUAUACAUACUGUAGACAUUAUACGUCGUGUGUAUGUAUAUUAUGUGGACAUUACAUUUUUAUGUUUACAGUUUUGUAUUGUACAAAAAGAAUGAUGUUGUUUUUUAUUUAAAUGACUACUGUGAAUAAGGGAUUAGAUAAUCAUGAUCAAUGACUGUUUUCCUUAUAUCAAUUUCAUCUUCAGAAAGUCUCCUCAAGUGAACUCUGAUCUUGGACACACCAAAACCUCAAGCCACGGAACAUCAGAAGAACAGCAGGCUAAUGAUGUCAUCAAAACUCGUGUAUCUAUGUCACCGGAACAAGUCUAAUGACGUCAUCUAGACACGUGUAAAUGAUGUCCAUCACUAAAGGGCAGCCGUCCGUGCUCCUCCUUCUGCCGUUCUCAAACAACAAAGUCCGGACGGAUUCAAGUGAAACCGAAACGAACGAAGUCGUAACGCGGAAGUUCCCGAUUCUGGCCGUUACCCGGACAAAGAACGACGCGCGAUCAAAGAGCGCCCCUUCUUACGACGUCCUCGCCAACCAGCAUUCACUGCGUCCAAGAAAAAGAUUUCCGAAGGCUUCUUCGGAAAGAAUCUCCAUCGUUCGAACGCAAGGACACGAGAAAAAACCUUCAAAUUUGAGAGCGAAAUCUGAAUACAGGAUCAACUUAACCCCAAAGGGUAAACCGGAAACUGUGAGCAUUUACAUCAAUGAUAUCAACGAACAAACAAUUAGCAGAAACUUCGUGGAACUCGACAGUGACCCGACGCCAAGAACAUACCUACUCGGUCCUUGCCGACUGAGCCAAAAUAAAAUCAGGUCUUUUCAAAAACCGGAAUUUCAAUCAGGACAAGGACCGAAAUCAGAGUUGAACACCGGGCAAGGGCAUUCACAAAAAGCAGACGUACACCUCUUGAGAUCUAGUCCUAGUCCCGGAGAACUCGAACUGAACAAAUUCAAGUUUACACCGGAUCGCUUAGCGGGCUCUGAAGGUCCACAAAAGCCGCCAAGGCUUAAGCUAAACGUGAAUCAAUUGCCUCGCAGUAAAACUCCGAUAUCGGAGAACGAUCCGGACAAAUUAAACAUCAAGCACGUGAUCGCUUUUUUGGAAACCAGUGACCCGGAUUUUGAGAGCGACGAAUGCAAACACGAAAAUCAGGGCACGGCGCUAAUUGUGCCAGGGGCGAGCUUUCAACAGCCGAACCCUAAUAAUGUCAGUUUGGUUAAUGAAUCGAACAGUUCAGCGAAGAAUGGCCAAAGACAUGUUUUGAUUACCCCUGAUUCUGUUAAUCUAGCCAACAAUGCCACCACCAAACACGCUCUACUUCUCGGCAAACCGCACAAAGUGGCGCCUCAUAGACACCCUCAAGUCAGGCCUAAAUCAUACGCCCCUGGUAUUGUGGAAAAAAGUGAUUGCCAAGAAAACCCCGUGGAAGGCACCCUAAAAGUUAGCGAAGGAGAUUUCAAAGUCUCGACAGCGAACUCGGGCCAAUUCGAUAAACAAGAAAAGAGAUUCAAAUCUCACUCAGUGACGUCAGCAGGUCACCACCAUCACCACCCUCACAAGCAGGGCAGUGACACGCUCAACGGGACGACGGCUGACAACAGACCGUUCAGACUUCAUCGGUUCCUGACCCUGGUCCCCGGUGAUCCCUCGUGCAAACAUAAGCAGGUCAGCGACGAGCAUGACACAAUAACGUGCACAACGACAGAAGAUUCUUUCAGUAAACUAUUUCAUUCAAGCGCCGAGGCGCAUUCCUCUAUGCACCAUCUCACCAGCGAGGACCGCGCAGGUUUUAGAAGAAGUGAAUCGGACAAGAAAUUCAGUCCGACCAGACUCGAUGCGGUCCACUUCUUGUCUCGGUUCAAUGUCAGCAAGCAGCUGAGGCCACACUUACCUGAUGUAGCACAUCACGGCUCAGCGAGAGAGAGGACCAAUGUCAUAUGCUUGCCCACCGCGCAUUAUGAGCCAGACUCUGACGAGGAGGGCUUACCCCCAGUGCCCAUCAGUCGGAACAAAACAACAUUCGCGACGACACACAGUCGAGACAACACAAUGUUAUCAAUGAAUCGGGACAACACAAUGUUAUCAAUAAAUCGAGACAAGAUAAUGCUGUCGACACAAGUUAGGGAGAAUUCAAUGUUGUCUACACUAGACAUGGACCAUUCAAUGCUGUCGACACAAGACAGGAACAAGACAACGCUAUCAUCUCAAGAUAGGGUCUUAGUCCUGAGGACAACUUGCAAAGACAAUGAUGAAAUUGUCGGUCGGUCGAAGACAUCAUUAAGUAGAUCCAGUAACGGGAGAGCUGAUGCGAGUCUCCUGCGGCCGUCAUCGGAGAAAAUUCCCCCGAGCGCACCCACCCCAUUUCAACACUCACAUUUUACAGACACAUACACAACCACUCAGGAAUCGAACCCACACGCCUCAAACGGCACGUCUUCCUCCGUGACGUCUCUUCUACCAGAUCAGAGUAUGUACAACGGUAACCCGUUAGUGAAAUGCCCCGUUUCAAUUUCUACGCAGCAAGUUCUGAGCUACGUAACUACGUCAUCGUCUCAGCUGCCCAGGGCUCGCGACACGGCAUUUGUGACCCAGCACGGGUUAGACUCUCCAAAAGUGACCUCUCCAGCAGACGCGAACGACAGAGACAAAUCGACGCUUCUUUAUCGCUUUGAUCAGCCGAAGAACUUAAAAGAUUUCCCGCAGGAGCACAUAAAAUUGUCAUUGCGGAAAGAACGGGACCGGCCCAGCGGACACACCUACAUGACCGACAUGGAAGGUUUCCCGGAGUGUCAAAAUUAAAGCAUUCCUCUAGUCACUUAGACAACUGUGUUGAUUUGAAAAAAAAAGCCAAGCACGUAAAUUCCAAUUGUUAAUCGAUUGCUAAGCUCGUAAGUCUUAAAGGUUAUUGUACCGAACACUUAAUUAUGUUCGAAAAUAAAUA